UUCCACAUUAGUUCCAUCUUUUGUAGGUCCAAAUAAAGUUCCUGUUCCCGGAAUUGUUCAACAAGUAGAUGACUUUAUCUCAGAAGACAUUAAAAAAUUUAAUCUCAAGGAAACAUUGUUUGUGUUCGGUACUAUUAUUCUAGACUAUGACCAAACCUUAGGACAAGGAGAUCCUGCAAAGAUCGUAGCAAGUAUUGCCCAAAGGUUAGAAUGUCUCUACAAAGCAGGUGCUAUCAAUAUCAUGUUUUUCACUUCUAUGCCAACGGGUACGUUUACCCCAGGUGAACAAGCCAAUUUUUCACCAGAUGUUUUACAAGCAAUUGCAGCAAAGUCAGUACUUCAUAAUCAAUACACAGACGAAGCUUUAGCUGCAUUCAAAAAAAAGCAUCCAGAUGUUAAUUUGUUUUUAGUUAAAUUUGAUGAAGUCAUCAGUGCUGCUUUUAGUCCUGAAACUUUACAGAAGUUAGGAAUUACCGUUUUUGAUAUUGCUUGUAUACCUGAUAAUGGUUUUGCUGGAAAACAUAGUGUGGUUUGUGAUGAUCCUAAAAAAUAUUUGUAUUUCGAUAGUAACACUGCCGUUAACACUAAAGUUAUUGAGGAAGCUGCAAAAAAAAUUGUUACCUAUUUAACAGUUUAA